AAUUUGUUGUCCAGUGUUAUUAACGAAUAAUCCUUAAAGUUUUUCGACAUUAAACUUAUUUGCCAUAGAUGUAACAUGAUGCCCUUAAUUACACCUCAACCAUCAACUUGUAAACAUGCUGGUGAAUCCUCACAUACGAAAAAAGAAAUAGGUCAUAAAGUCCUGUACUGAGAAAUAUACCGCUGCAUGGGAACAAGAACCUGAAUUUAAAGGUUGGCUGAGGAGUAGCAAGAAAGGGUCCAAUCAUGCAUUCUGCAAGGCAUGCAACAAAGAUUUUAUAUGUGGCAAAUCCGAAAUCCAGAAACAUUCUUCAGGAAAACAACACACAAAAAACGUUGACUGAUAUAGAAAAAAUAUCUUUAAAUAACAAAAUGAAAACUGCUGAAAUUCAAAUUGCUGCAUAUGCAGCUGAACAUAACAUUUCAUUUGAUACGUUAGACCAUUCAUCAGAAAUUAUUAAAAUAUCAUUUGACGAUUCAGAGAUUGCUAAAAAUUUCACAUGUUCUCGCACCAAAGCUACAGCUAUUGUCAAUAAUGUUUUAGGGCAAUACAGUUUUGACAAUUCUAUCAAUAUGUUACAAACAAUUAAAUUUUCAUUAAUUGCUGAUGAAUCUACCGAUAAAGGCGCAAUUAAAGAUUUAGUUUUAGUGGUCCGUAUUUUUUAUGAACAUAAAAUUACUGACUUGUUCUUUGAUCUAUUACCUGUAGCAGAUGCAACGGCAGAAGGACUUCACAACACUAUUGUAAAUUAUUUUUUAAAGUGCAAUAUUAAUUUUAAAGAAAAUCUAAUAGGUUUUGCAUCAGAUGGUGCAAGUGCUAUGAUGGGAAUUCAUAGUUCAUUAUCAACCAAACUAAAAGCCGAUAUUCCUAAUUUAUUCAUUAUGAAAUGUGUCUGUCAUUCAUUUAGUUUAUGUGUUAAUUAUGCUUGUGCUAAAUUAACAGAUGAUGUUGAACAAAUGGAUAGGGAUGUUCAUACGUAUCUACAAUACAGUUUUAAAUUUGCAGAAUUUCAAGAGUUUGUAGCAGUAAAACCUCAUAAAAUUAUACAACCCUCUCAAACAAGGUGUUGUAGAAAGAAUACUUGAGCAAUAUGAUGCCUUAAAAUUAUAUUUACAGAUCAGUGCUACAAUAAAAAUGGCAAUGAAGCACAAAAUAUCUUAAAUUUUCUUCAAAAUCCAUCUACCAUACUAUAGUUACAUUUCUUAAGCUUUGUGCUGCCGUUUUUUAUGGAUUUAAAUUUAGAAAUGCAAUCAGAAAAUGUUAAAAUUCACAUUUUAAAUAAACGAGUUGAACAUG